UGGACUCUUAAUUGGGGGGGGGGGCGGAAACCGGAAAUAACUUGUUAACCUUCAUCAUAAAGAAUAGGCCAUGCCUUCCAGAUUGAAUGUUCGUGCCAUGUUGCCUCUCUGCUUGGAGUCUCAAUUAUUUUCGGAUUGCAUGGGUCUCAAAUGUAACUCGUCCACAUCAAUUUGCAAAAUGAUAAAAACAUCACCGACAGACCCUGUAAAUUGCUUGAUAAACCCUGUCACGACUGAAGACAAACUAUAUUUGGAAAAGGAGCUGGUGAAAGAACAACCGGAACUCGCAUUGAUUGACAUUGACAAUGGAAAAAUAGUGUCGGCAUCAUUCAAAGAGAUCCCCCCGAUUAUUAUCCCUCCAGCCACUUCAGGCGCCUUACAAGCUCAAUGGGGGCUGGACAUUUUGUCUUGUUCCAAAACAACAACGAAUUGCCAAUAUUGGAGUAAAGACACAAACCAAUGGCAGACAUUCCCAUCCCUGGAUUCAAUUCAUAACAGGGGAAGGAUGAGUGUGAUUGGAGACACGCCUGUAGUGAUCGGAGGGCAUCUAGCUCAACCGAAAGACGAACAUGGCAUAGUGGAGAUCUUCAACAGAAGUGCUCAAGAAUGGAUCAGUGUGACUUCUGUUACACCACCUCGAAGGGCACAUACCUUAGUGGUGCUCAAUGACUCGAUGUUAAUGGUGAUUGGGGGUUUCAGCGAAGAAGUGGGUUUCUUGAAUUCGGUGAAGAUCUUUGAUUUGGAAGAGCAGACUUGGAAUGAUAUGGAUGACCUACCAAGUCCAAGGUCUGGGAUGGCAUGUGGUUUGGUCAACCUCACUUAUGUCUUAUGCAUUGGGGGUGAAGCGAGUGGAGACUUAUUUAAUACUGCGUAUGGCUUGGAUUUGGCUCUUAGCGAGCCAAAAUGGGAACGAAAACAAUCAUUUGAUCUUGACGAACCCAUAGCUAUGGGAAAUAUCUAUCAGCUUAGAGAUCAUCUUUUCUGCAUGACGUUCUUUACAACAAGUUACAACGCAUCACCAAAGUUGAGGAGAAUGAAGUUAAACGCAGGAACUAUGGAAUGGGACAUCUUGGAUGUAAUUUCGAAAUCUUCAGUGGGCCAGCCUUUGCUUUAUGAGCUCAAAGGCUUUCAAAUUCAACCAUGAAAUAGAGCCUUGGGACAUUAAAUUGCUUGUUUUAUUUUGUUCUUUCGCCAUGGUGGUUUAUUAAAUCUGCGUUUCCCCGGCAAUCCUUCCCGCUCUUUGGUUAUCAGUUUGAGUUGAAUUGUGUACGUUAAUUUAAGAGUUCCCCCCAUUUUCUUUGUACUGUUUGUUCCUGUAAUUCAACCUCUUGGCCGCGUUUACCGUCGGGAAGCUUUUAUGAUGCUUCUUUGACUUUAAAAACUGCACCAUUUGUGAUGAAAAUGUGUUUUCCAAUCUAGAAACCGUGACAACCCAAAAAAGGUAAUUGUUUAGACCCUUGUCCAUUAUCAAGUUAUCAAGUCAGUAUCGUUCAAAUUCCACAAGUCAAUCAAGUUCUAGCCGUACUUAUUAAUUGAAGUAAAUGUAAUCCAGAGUAAAAUCGUAUAACAAUAAAACGUCCGGCUUUACCGGUG